GCUCGCGCUGAUUUUACAACAGGUUUACAAGGUCAUCGCAUUAAGAAGAGAAUGUUCCUAUUCUCCCCACCUCGCAUCUUUCUUUCAGAAGAUCUUGAAUUACUGGCAGAAUAAUCGUAUAUUCUGUUUUAAUCUUUGUGGUGCCUUUAAUGUCUAGUGAUAGUUAGGAACAGUGUGUUUCUCAGCGCUAAGGAUCAAAGCCAACUGAGAAUUUUGCGGCUUAUUUAUAAUGGCUAAGUAUCGAAUGGGAAUGACGUAAAAAAAUCUUAAUGAGACUGAUUUAAAUAACGAUGCCUUGGAGAUAAAUGUAUUUUGAACAUUUCUUCUUUAGAAAUUCUAUGUGAAAAGUGCAUAAAACUGGGUCAUAGAGUUUUUCAAAGCAGCUAAGUAUGAUGAUCCUUUUGCCGCUUCUAGCAGCGGGACUUGCUACGAUAUGUGCUGAAGAAGUUGAAGAAACUAAAACUGGGGCUCCUCAUAUAAUUUUUGUAUUAGCUGACGAUCUGGGAUGGAAUGACGUCAGUUUCCACGGUUCUCCUCAGAUCCCCACGCCAAACAUUGAUGCUUUAGCAGCUUCUUCUAUAAUUUUGCACAACUACUAUACAGAAUCUUUAUGCACGCCUUCUCGGGCAUCUUUACUUAGUGGAAAAUAUCCCAUUCACAUUGGUCUUCAUCACUCCGAAAUUAAAAGUGGAGAGCCCAUUGGUCUUCCUUUAGAUGUAAUGAUUAUGCCUGAGCAUUUCAAAAAUCUAGGAUAUGAGACUCAUAUGAUAGGAAAGUGGCAUUUAGGAUAUGCAAAAAACGAAUACACGCCUUUGUAUAGAGGAUUUGAUUCAUUUUUUGGCUUUUACAAUGACCAUAUUGAUUACUAUGAUUACACUAAUUAUGAGGCAUCUGAAGGUCCUACAAGUUUGGCAUUUUAUGGGGUAGACCUACAAAAUGGAUCGACUGUUAUUAAAGAUUUUCGAGGACGUUAUGCUACAGAUAUUUUCACUGAAAGGGCAGUAGACGUUAUAGCUAACCAUAACAGUACAAACUUUCAAGGUGGAGAAGCAAGACAAUUAGGGAAAAUUGACGGCUAUAGCAUGUGGAAGGCCUUGAUACAAAAUGCCCCAUCCCCAAGACUUGAAAUUUUGCAUAACAUAGAUCCCAUAAGUGGAAUGGCAUGCCUUAGACGAGGUGAUUAUAAGCUCAUUAAAAGAACGGCACCUGGAGGCAAAGAUUUGUGGUAUGGACCGUCUGGCUUUGAAGAUAUUGAACAACCUUCUUCAUUAGAUGAUUUGGUGUUCAAGAACGACAGUAUAGUGAAACAAAUUCUUGAAGAAGAAGAUAUGUGGUUAGUAAAAACUCCUGAUUCUUGGAGGAUUAACGUUGCUGUAAAGUGUAAACAACCACCACCAACAGAUAAUGGAAGUUGCGAUCUAAAUAUCUCUCCAUGCCUUUUCAAUGUAGCUGCAGAUCCAUGCGAGUACAAUAAUUUAGCUCUUCAAUAUCCUAGGAUUGUAAAAUCUAUGUUGGAAAUAAUAGAUAAAUAUAAUGCAACUGCUACUACACCUCUCAGCACUGAAAGGGAUUCAAUGGGAGAUCCCAGAUGUCACGAUUUUGCUCAUGUACCAUGGAUGAAUCAAGAUACUACAUCAGAUUGUCCCUAUACUUAAUCACUGUUCAAAACUUAUCUGUUCUUAAAACUCUCAAAUUUUAUAAAUCUAAUAAGUUCUACUCUUUUUGCUGUUAAUUAUUAACUAAACUAUUAUAAAAUCUAAAUAAUUGUUCGAAACUAUUAGAAAGCAAACCUGCUACAACAGUAAAUACCUCAUUCAUAAUGCGCAAUCAUUCAGCAUUACAUUCUCGAAAGUGAUAUGUAUAAUUUUAUGUGCCUAUAAAACUUGUCAUGUUCUAUGAAUAAAAAUUAUUUUUUAGUAUUAA